UUUCCUGUUGUGGAUGACCGUGACAGCAGAUCUACUCAGUCAUGUCAUACGGACCAGGUUUUGGGGAUCCCAAUCAACUAGCCCAACGCAUAACUUCUAACAUCCAGAAGAUCACACAAUGCUCUGCUGAAAUACAGAGAAUACUACAUCAGCUUGGAACACCACAGGACACGCCUGAGCUGAGGCAACAGCUGCAACAGAAGCAGCAAUACACCAACCAACUUGCCAAAGAAACUGACAAAUACAUUAAAGAGUUUGGAUCUUUGCCUGCGACAAGUGAACAGCGUCAAAGAAAAAUACAGAAGGACCGUCUUGUGGGGGAGUUCACCACAGCACUGACGAAUUUCCAAAGACUUCAAAGGCAAGCUGCUGAGAAGGAAAAGGACUUUGUAGCCAGAGUAAGAGCCAGCUCAAGGGUGUCUGGUGGGGUUCCAGAAGAUAACUACAAAGAGGGAACACUUGUCUCCUGGGACAGUCAACCACAAGCACAAGUGCAAGAUGAAGAAAUUACAGAAGAUGACCUCCGUCUUAUUGAGGAGAGGGAAUCUUCCAUUAGGCAGCUUGAAGCUGAUAUUAUGGAUAUCAAUGAAAUUUUCAAAGAUCUGGGAAUGAUGAUUCAUGAACAAGGUGAUGUGAUAGACAGCAUAGAAGCCAAUGUGGAAAAUGCAGAUGUACAUGUGCAGCAAGCAAACCAGCAGCUGUCAAGGGCAGCGAACUACCAGCAAAGAUCCCGAAAGAAGAUGUGCAUACUCAUUAUUAUACUUGCUGUUGGAGCAUUGCUUCUUGGAGUCAUCUUAUGGUUAAUUACAAGAUAAGUCUCUGGAGAAAGCUUUGCAAUUUGUAUUUAAAUUAGGAAAGGAAAUUCAUAGUCAUAGUUUGCUCAUUGUGAAGCUGAGUAAAAUAGUGAUUCUGAACUUCAUCAUGCUUUUUUAAUAAGAUUUUUUGUUUUAACCUGAGAAAUAAUUUUCUCAGUACUGCCAUCAGUAUAACUGCCUGUCCUCUCAGAUUUGGGUGCUGUCUUACCAGAAGAAAAACAGUCAAGAUCAUAAACUGUACCAUUAACUUGAACAUAAAACAUCUCAAGGUUUAGGGGGUUCAUCAAAGUAAUGAUAAUUUGUGUUGACAGGGUGGGUCAUCUUUUGGGAUACUGCUAAAUGUUGCUGCCAAAACAAACUCCUGAACUGUUGCUUGAGGCAACGAAUUCACAUCUCAGAAUUUAUUUUUAAGUUAGAAAUAUAUUUCUUCUCUCUUUCCCUUCCAUCAUAUUCACCUACCCAUUUGAUAUGGGUGGUUCAAAAAUAAAAUGUAGGUUGCUGAAGUUGAUGUGUUCUCUCUUUAUACCUGGAGCCUGUGAAUUAAGCCUUCAGUUUGCUUGAAAUCUUUUAAAUGUUCCAUUUAUCUCUCUAUCUGGCAUCAAGGAUGGCUAUAUCUGGAAGCUGUCUGCAAAGGUAGGAAGGUUGAAUGAUGUAAUUAUGUGAUUUUUUUUUGUUCCAGUUCUUGCAUUAAGAAAUACUGUGCUUUAUUGCGCACAUCUGCUGUCUUUGCAUCUGAAGUGUGCAUGAGUGGGUUUGGUUAGAUGAAAAUUUGCUCUAGUCUGUGACUUCAUAGACUUGCUGGGAAAAAUAGAAAUUCCCAACUUCCUAGCUUCACUUGAAUGUCACUGUUGUGAAACUGCUGUG